AUGCAGCAGUACAUGUUUAGUUCCAAAAAACUGAUAGCCAACACUAUUAUGUCAAACGUAGUAUACGGAGGACUGCUUCUUGCGCAGAGUGUUGCAGCAGCUGAACAAACUGUAUCCACUGAUAUGAAAAUGCACUCCGUUCACUCACAUUUUCUUCUUUCCGCUGUACCCGAUGAACCAAUAAAUUAUCGUGUAUUAACUAUUCGUAAUGGCCGUAGUUUUUCGGCCAGAACCGUUCAUGCUGAACAGAAAGGAGAAAUUGUAAAAUCCUGUCAAAUUUCUUUUCACAAAAAUGAAAAACCAGCAAUUAAACACCAAAUAGAAAUGCCAAAAGUUCCGGAACCAGAGGAGUGCACAGAGUUGCACGAGGGUAUUGAAAAUUUGUUGCGUAAAUAUUCCACUCCAAAUGGUAAAUUGGAUAAGCAAUCAAAAGUUCCAUUUGUGGAAGAUCGCUUAAUGGCUCAGUGGCAGCUGUUCGAGGUUUGCUUAUUUUUGACAAAAUUAAUACGCCUCAUCCAGGUUAGACCGACAUCUGUCGAGCAGUUCUUAGGAUAUGCUUUGUGCGACAAAACGUCGUAUGUCUGGUUCCGAUCGCGACAAAAACUGAGCGAUGAUCCGAAGAUACACAGACUAAUGCUUCUCUACAACACAGACUCUACCAUCUGUGUGACGCCAGUUCGAUAUCACCAGAGUCGUGGCUUUAUACCAUCACAGUUUACUUCGCUGGACCACUCUGUUUGGCUUCACAGAGACGACUUCCGUUCUGAUGAGUGGAUGCUGUAUGAAAACAAAUCUAUUGUAGCCGAUCAGGGGCGAUCUUUCGCUGAGGGUUCAUUUUGGACGCGGGAUGGACAUCUGAUCUGUUCAACAGCUCAAGAAGCUUUAGUUAGAACGAGGACAGCGCGUUCACACUUGUGA